CCGCCAGUGAGGAUGAAUUUGUGAAGAAGACGGAUUUAUGAACGUCCUAUGUUUCCAAACGACCAUUAUUGCUGUUUAAACUAAACCUCAUCAGGACGUCGGUUAGCUGCAUAACAAACUCAAGAGGAUCCAUGUCUUUUCUUCGUUGGGUAUCUGAGAAAUUGAGUGUGGAGAGUCUUCGGGAUUUGGAGUUAUUUCGAGGCCCAUGAGGACAGUCGGGACAGUUUGACCCCUCGGCCCCAUCAAGACACCAUGGGCAGCUUCCUUCCUGACAGCAACCUGUACGAGCUGCUCGCUGUUCUAGGGAAGGGAUUAGAUAAUCUGAUGACUGUAAAUCUAGCGCGAUACAAAGCCACAGGGGAGCAUGUUGCCAUUCGCCGAAUCGACCUGGAGUCGUGCACUAAUGACAUGGUGACCUACCUGCAGAGUGAACUCCACGUGUCAAAGCUGUUCCAUCAUCCCAGUAUUCUACCCUACAAGAGCGUCUUCAUCGCUGAGAACGAGCUGUGGGUCAUCACCCCGUUCAUGGCUUAUGGGUCGGCCCGAGAUCUCAUCUGCUCAAAUUUCGUUGACGGCAUGAGCGAGCAGACCAUCGCGUAUAUUCUGCACGGCAUGCUGAAAGCGCUGGAAUACAUCCACCACAUGGGAUACGUGCACAGGAGCGUGAAGGCCAGCCAUGUUUUGAUCUCUGCGGACGGACAGGUCUGCAUGUCGGGCCUGCGGAGCAUCUUCAGUUUGAUCCGUCACGGACAGAGAGCCAAAGUGGUCCACGACUUCCCCCAGUUCAGCAUCAAGGUGCUUCCAUGGCUUAGCCCGGAAGUUCUGCAGCAGAAUUUGCAGGGAUACGACUCUCGAUCAGACAUCUACAGCCUCGGUAUCACAGCCUGCGAGCUGGCUAAUGGGCACGUACCGUUUAAAGACAUGCCAGCCACUCAGAUGUUACUGGAAAAGCUCAACGGAACAGUUCCGUGUUUACUGGACACCACCACCAUUCCCCCGGAGGAGCUGUCACUGAAGCCGUCCCGCUCUGGUGCCGAUUCUGGGAUCUGUGAAGGCCCGGGAGCAGGAGGGGCCCGGCACUCCAACGGAGAACCUUCGUCCUCGUCCGGAGGACACCCUUACAACCGGACCUUCUCCCCGCAGUUCCACCACUUUGUGGAGCUGUGUCUACAGCGGGAUCCGGAGAAAAGACCCUCUGCCACCACCUUAAGCGGACAUCCCUUCUUUAAACAGAUGAAACGCCGGCCCUCUGAAGCGCUCCCCGAGCUGCUGCAGCCCGUCUCACCCAUCACCAGCUUCGAGAGUUCUCAGCCGCAGGACUCCCCCUCCGGACUGGCAAGCCUAGAAUCGAGUCUGAGCCACCUGGAUGUGGACGACUGGGACUUCUGACAAGAGGAUUUGGUGUGAAAUCCAGCAUAAGAUUGUAUUGAGAGACUCCAGUCGGUCAGGAUGGGGUUUGCUUUUCACCUCAUGGUGAAUAUGAAAAACAUCCAUCCAAAAAAAAAAAAAGGCGGUGAUGUUAAAAAGCCUUCGGCCAUCUUGCCUGUCCCAUUCAUGCUUUUAUUCUCUAGAAAUGUACUAUUUCCUGUAUUUUACUGAACAGAUUGUACACUACAAGCCAAAAAAAUAACCUCACAAGAUCUGUUUUUUUUGUGGCUUUUCUUAGUUGUCCAGUUUGGACCUAAAGAAACAAGAAGCUGCUACUAGAAUAUUCUGAGUGAACGUCCUACCUCAGGGCCCACCAGGUCAGAGACCCCCAUGUUGGAGCUACAACAAGCCAUGUUUGUCCAAAACUUCCCCUGAACAAUAAGCGUUUUCCUGAAACCCGACUAAUGUCAUGCUGCAAGCGUCUGUUUCUGAUUGUACUUGAAUUUAUUCUGGGUGUAACUUAUCUUGAUUCUCGUUUAUCCUGCAUGUGGAUUUUCGGCUGCAUUAGAAUUCUUUCAGGACCUCGGUUAAGCUUUUAACCCAACGACUCAUCAAAAACAAGAGCUUUUAUUCAAAAUUUAAACAGGGACAACAAACACUUAAGAGACAAAGAUGUCCAGAUGCUAAUCCUCAUCUGAUGGCGGUUGGUCGGCCAGCGCAGCGUAAUGUUUCUCCAGCUUGGCCAUUAACUCUGAAAUGAAUAAAAAAAUAAAGCGUUUGGUUGUU